AGGAGUGACCCCAGCCGACAAAGUAACGGACUUGCCGGUCGCUUCCCUCGGUCUAUGCUUUUCAGCACGAAUCCAGACAAGUCGAAGCUCCCUUUCUCCAACUACCAAUGCAAGCAUUAAAUGUCACUGGAUUCACCUCACCACAAAUCAAGUCCGUUACUUUCUCUUUUUCUUUCUAUUUUAUGCACUUCUCAAAACAGCUCCAAUCAUCUCCCCUUCUAGUUUUCAACCAGUUCCAGAGGAAGUAAAGCCUUCUUGGAGAAGAUGGAAAACCCCAUCACUGCAAAAUGCUGCACCAAUCAGCCCUGGUUUGUCUUACUAGUCUUUUUUGUUUUCUGUCUCGAGUUGCUUUGGUUUGAUUACUCUGGUUUUACUGCUAAAAAAUCUGGGGCUGUCUCUGUUUUGGACGGUUCUCAUGGAACUCUAGUCGAUACCCAAAGUUAUUUACCCCACGAUUUCACUAAAACUUCCAAUAAUAGUAUAUCUCAAUUGCCCAAAACUGAUGAAUCUGUAAAAAUGGCCGACGGAGAUGAGGAGCUGAAAGUGGUAACCGAGGUUGAUUCUUGUUUGGGUAGAUAUGUAUAUGUUCAUGAUCUUCCUAGUAGAUUUAAUGAGGAUUUGGUUAAGAAUUGUCGGUUGCUUACUAGAGGAACUGAUAAGAACAUGUGUCCGUACUUGGACAACUUGGGUUUCGGUCCUGAAAUCGAUAACCCUGAAGAUGUUUUGCUGAACAAUAGCUGGUUUUUAACAAAUCAGUUCUUAUUGGAAGUCAUUUUUCACAACAGGAUGAAAAGUUAUGAAUGCUUAACCAACGAUUCAUCGAUUGCAUCGGCGGUUUUUGUGCCGUUUUAUGCCGGUCUUGAUAUGAGCUUGUAUCUAUGGGGUUUCAACAUUACUGUGAGAGAUUCUGCAUCUCUUGCUCUUGUUAAGUGGUUAUCUGAGAAGCCUGAGUGGAAAAGAAUGUGGGGUAGGGAUCAUUUCUUGGUUGCCGGAAGGAUUGCUUGGGAUUUCCGGAGACAAAGCGAUAACGAAUCCGACUGGGGCAGCAAGCUUAGAUUCUUGCCUGAGUCCAAGAACAUGUCGAUGUUGUCGAUAGAAUCAAGCUCCUGGAACAAUGAUUAUGCAAUUCCAUAUCCAACAUGUUUCCAUCCGUCAAAUGACAGCGAGAUUUUCCAGUGGCAGGAUCGAAUGAGAAGGCAAAAACGGAGGUAUCUCUUCUCUUUCGCUGGCGCCCCUAGGCCUGAAUAUCAGAAUUCGAUCCGAGGCAAGAUUAUCGAUCAAUGCUUAGCUUCAAAGAAUCGGUGCAAGUUGCUGGAUUGUAAUUAUGGUGCUACAAACUGUGAUAACCCGGUUAAUGUAAUGAGGGUAUUCAGUAGCUCGGUCUUUUGCUUGCAGCCCCCUGGGGAUUCAUACACGAGGAGAUCAAUUUUCGACUCGAUUUUAGCAGGGUGCAUUCCGGUGUUUUUCCAUCCAGGUACUGCAUAUGCUCAAUACAUAUGGCAUUUACCAAAGAAUCAUACUCAAUACUCGGUGUAUAUACCAGUAAAGGAUUUAAGUGAAUGGAAAAUCAACCUCAACGAAACAUUGCUUCGGAUUCCAGAAGACAGAAUAUCGGCCUUGAGAGAGGAAGUUAUAAAGCUGAUUCCAAGAGUGGUUUAUGCAGGUUCAAGAUCUCGAUCGGAGACUCUCGAGGAUUCAUUCGAUUUAGCAGUUAAAGGAGUUCUUGAAAGAAUAGAGGGUGUUAGGGGUAUGAUUAGAGAAGGGAAGGAUCCUAGUAUCGGAUUUGCAGAUGCGGAUGACUAUAAGUAUACAUUUCCUCCUUAUGGUGAUGGCAUUUGAAUUUAUUAAAAUUGAAAAAUCAUUGGUGAUGUUGGUUUUUUCCGACAAUGAAGAUCAUAGUUCGAGAAUAGAAAAAAACGUCGCAAAUGUCGGGAUCAAAUCCCAGAUUUGCUGG